GACAUCUCAAGCUCUCCAUCUGAUUCCUCCUUCCCACCUCACCGCAAUCUUCAAUUCCAAUCUCCGUUUCCGAUAAAGGACUUAGAUUCCGGUUCCCCACCACAUUUUUUUGCUGCCGACGACAUGUCCUUCGAGGAAGAGGAGUCCCUGGAGCACACCCUCCUCGUCGUCCGGGAGGUUUCCAUCUACAAAAUCCCUCCCCGGUCCACCUCCGGCGGGUACAAAUGCGGCGAGUGGCUGCAGUCCGAUAAGAUCUGGUCCGGUCGCCUCCGUGUUGUCUCUUGCAAGGACCGCUGCGAGAUCCGGCUAGAGGAUCCCAACACUAGCGAGCUUUUUGCUGCUUGUUUCGUGCACCCGGGCCAGCGCGAGAACUCUGUCGAGCCCGCACUUGACUCGUCCAGAUACUUCGUGCUUAAGAUCGAGGAUGGACAGGGGAAGCAUGCGUUUAUUGGGCUCGGGUUCAAUGAACGGAACGAGGCGUUUGAUUUCAAUGUGGCGUUGUCUGAUCACGAGAAGUAUAUCAGGAGAGAGCACGAGAAGGAGACAGGCGAGACGAGCAAUAACGAGAGUCAUAUUGAUAUCCAUCCUGCUGUUAAUCACAGAUUGAAGGAAGGUGAGACAAUCCGGAUAAAUGUGAAGCCGAAGCCAACGAGUGGAACUGGUAUGCUAUCGGCUGCUGGGUUGUCAGGAGGGCCUUCUGGAAGUGCAAAGCCUAAAACUUUGGGACUUGCUCCACCACCUAGCGGCACAGGUAAAAUAAGAUCUCCUCUCCCACCCCCUCCAAAUGACCCUGUUGCUGCUCGGAUCAGCUCAUCUAGUCUCAAGGCACCUAAUGAAGACACUAGACAAACUGAUCCUCUAUCAGAUUUUUCUAAGCUUGAGGUACAUUUCUAUCCCUUGUCCCCUAAUCUGAUCCUUUAUACAUGAUAUGUUCCCUGUACUCCAAACUGUGAGGUGUCAUUCAAACUGGUUCAUUUUUUUUAUCAAAAGCUGAUCGAUUGAAUCUAUAAGUUUAGUUCCAACAGCUUUGAUAUGUUGCCUGCAAGAAGGCAUCGUGAUCUUAUUGAUAUAGUGCAUCUUCCUUUUUCUUGGCUUUUGGUUUAGAAACUAGCAUUAGUGUAAUCUCUGCCUUGCAUCGCUAGUUUUUGCUUCUCUUUUGAAAACAUAAGAAUAUUUAUGAUACUUAGGAUAUGGUGAUGAAGAAUUCUAAGUUUGAUAAAAUUCCUGCAUAACUAUAUGGAGUUGUUUUUCAGGAUAUUGAGGCAGUAGAAGAUUGAAAACUCUUGUUUUGAUUGUGUCUUUCUAUUUAUAAGUAACUUAUAAAUUAUUGCUUAUCAGAAGGAAGCCUGAAAACAAUAUAUUUUUUUUUCCAUAUGGAUGUUGGUGCAUUGCCUAGUGUGCCCUUUUUUUCUAUUAUUUUGUACCAAAAUGACUAAAUAUUUUUGUUGGUUGCUGCCUGCUAGAUAGAAACUGUGCUAUCUCAUAUCUUCAACCAGUCAGUAUGCUUAUUAAUUCUUUUACAAGCUAUUGUGUUUAGUCAAAUCUGCUGCAUAUAUUACUCUCAUGAGCAUUUUCACCUAAACUGAUUGUCUUUGUUCGUUAGUUGUGGAUGGUGCUUACAAUAUAAGGAUUUUAUCUCA